AUGGGUUGUAUGAGUUCAAAGCAGGCUGAGGCGGGGGAGGACAAAGAGGCCGUCCAGCGCAAUGCGAGGAUAGAAAAAGGGCUAAAAAAUGAUAAGAAAGUGAUGGACAGGACGAUCAAGAUCCUGCUUCUCGGUGCUGGUGAAUCAGGAAAAUCAACCAUCAUCAAGCAGAUGCGCAUUAUCCACUCCGGAGGAUUUCCCGAAGAUGAACGCCGCCAGACACGGGCAGUGAUCUACUCGAACAUCGUGGUCGCUUACAAAGUGCUUCUGGAAAUCAUGCGGACCGAGAAUAUUGAUUUCGAACAUGAAGAUACCAAACCUUUAGCUGAUUUCGUAGACAAUCUGGAGCCCGAUGUGGGUGUUGAGGAGGCAUUCUCCGAUCUCAAAGUUCGUGAUGCUAUGAAUGAGAUGUGGAAUGAUGGCGGUGUUCAAAAGGCUGUCGCAAAGGGACACGAAUUUGCUCUCCAUGAUAAUCUGAACUAUUUCUUCCAUUCACUUGACCGAAUAUUCGAGUCGGGGUGGCUUCCCGACAAUCAGGACAUGCUACAGGCACGUUUGCGAACAACCGGCAUUACAGAAACAUUAUUUGAGCUGGGCCAGAUGAACUUCCGGAUGAUGGACGUCGGUGGGCAGCGGUCGGAACGCAAGAAGUGGAUUCAUUGCUUCGAGGGCGUUCAGUGUCUGCUCUUCAUGGUUGCAUUGUCUGGGUACGAUCAGUGUCUUGUCGAAGACCAGAAUGCCAACCAAAUGCAUGAAGCUAUGAUGCUUUUUGAGUCGUUGGUGAAUGGUGAAUGGUUCAAACGAAAGCCCAUUAUCCUGUUCCUCAACAAGAUCGAUCUCUUCAAAGACAAGCUUGCGAUUUCGCCGAUAUCGAAGCACUUUCCCGACUAUAGCGACUCAAAUACCGACUUCGACGCCGCCGCAAAAUACUUCGCUGAUCGAUUCCGAGGCAUCAAUCGGAUUCCUGAUCGAGAAAUCUAUAUCCAUUACACCAAUGCCACUGAUACAACAUUACUUAAGGCUACCAUGGACUCAGUACAGGAUAUGAUUAUCCAGAAAAAUCUCCACACCCUCAUACUCUGA